AUGCUAGUAGCUAGCAUUCCUGACGCUGAAUACGAACAGGUUAUUGCUGAACGUUAUUUGUUUGCUCCAUUUGCAAAUGAAUCUACAGCCUGGUCUGUACUUAGUACUGUCCGUCGUGCAUGGCAAGUUACUUCAUUACCGCAAUAUCAUCUUCAAGCUACUGAGGGAGUUUGGUUACUGACUCAAACUGCUACAGAAGCACUGAGAAUAUCUUGGAUGUCAUUGUCUGCGAAUGGUACUCUUGGGAUUUUGACUGACAUCGACGUUAAAAGCAAUAACAGCUUUUUGGUUGUAUCACAUAAUAAAGCGACUGCCUUAAAGUAUACAACUGCUCUCAUUUCACCACAGGACAUACAAUUAAUUCUAUGCAGUCAAUCGGAUGCAACUGCCUGUAGAGUUACGCAAAUCAUUUCUUUUCCAUCUGUUUUAGCGAAUAUUUCUAAAAUUACAGCCAGUUUAUUUGUAGAAGAUCUGGGAGUCGCAGGAUGGUUAUACAUUGCUACCGAUGUGGGACUGCAUGGAUUGGAUCUUUCUACGUUUACAGUGAAUCCGUUUCUAUGUGAAAUCAAUGUAUCUGUUUCCUCUUUGGCAUGGAGUUAUAAAAGACAAACAAUAUUUGUCGGUACGGAAACUAAACUUUGGAUUCAUACAUAUUCUACUGGUAAUGAAGCAUGGCGUUUUGAACAGAUCAAUGGAUUGAUUGACGCACCGAUCACUUCAUUGGUAUACAAUGAUGUUCAAGACAAAUUAUAUAUCGGACAAAACACAGGAAUUACUCUUCUUUCACCAAUUGUCAUGUCGAAUGGACGUCUAUGUUGGUUCUUUUCUCGUUUAGCAGGACAAAUCUCCAAUCCUGGAUCAGAUAUUGGUCACUUACCAUUUGCUAACAUUACUGUUCUGGGUGUUAGUCAUUCAACAUUAUCCGACAGUCGUGUCUGGUUAGGUAGUAUUCGUGGAGUGAUGCGUUUCGAUUCUAAUAGUACUGAUAUUAAUGCUUGGCGUGUAUUCAAUAGUGCAAGAUAUAUGCCUAAUCGCGAAUCACAAGUAAAUGUGACUUCACUAGCUGUAUUGAGUCGUAACAAUGAUGCACCUGCAAGUCUAGGUAGCGCCCUAGUAGCAAUUACCAGCAAAGGAUUGGCUGUUCUUCGCUUUGAGAUGUGGACAUUGGAACGAAAAGCAAAACACUUUCAAACAUUUCUCGAUCAACCGGGUAGACAUGACAAAUAUGGUUUGGUCUCUGGCUGUGAUAUGACGUCGUGGGGUGAUAGUCGCACUUGUAUCAAAGGGCCAGAUGAUAAUGAUGGUCUUUGGACUUCUAUGUAUCUGUCCAGUCAGAUAUUUCGCUAUGCGGUAACACAAGAUGCAGCAGUGAAAAUAUCGGCUUGGAGACAUUUUGAAACAUUGGAGCUGCUCAAUCAAGUAUCAGGUAGUGUAUUCAAACUAUAUGACGAUGAUUUUACUUUAUUAUUAUUUCUGAUAGGUAUAUCUGGUUAUCCUGGUCGUUCACUUGCAAAACGCAGUGAUUUUCCACCUGACCCUCAUUGGCAUCCUUCUCCUAUUAAUUCAACUCUACAAUUCAAAGGUGAUACGUCGUCAGAUGAAAUAACUGGCCAUGAAUUUGUCUAUCCACUAGUACACGAUUUGUUGGCUGGUAAUGAUGAUGAGCGUCGAAGAGCUUACGUAUUAGUCUUAAAUAUCACCACUCACAUUCUUACACAUGACUGGUAUUUGGUGGGCGAGAAUCACACUCAUACUACAUGGGGAAUUUGGAAUCCAAUUCAAAUAAAUAAUGAUAGUUAUUAUCAGGAAUCACGCGGUCUCAACAGUCUUCAAAUACUAGCGUUUUUAUUUCAGACUUAUGCUUACACUGCUGAUGAACGCUUUCUUGAUGGUGCCCGACUUCUUAUUGAAUCGUAUGGAUACGAUAUCAAUCUCAUCAAUCAAAAGAUGAUUGCUACUUGCGAUGGUGAUUUCUCAGACGAUGAACUCGCUUAUUUGGCAUAUUUCAAUUUAGUUCAUGCAUUCUACACAAUUAGUUCUUCGACUAAAUUAUCUUCAAUACAAAAGACACGUGCACAAUUAAUUAUUGAUGAUUUAUGGGAGUUUAUGAAGGUUGGAUUGGAUCUGUCGCACAUAUAUAAACAAAUGGAAAAAUCACCGUUCUAUAACUUUAUUUAUUGUUAUGCCAGUGGUCAAGUCAAUCAAACCCGAAACGUAUUGAAAAAACGCAAUGGAUCAAAGGUUCAGUCUUUUGAUUUUGAUUGUAAUUCAUUGUCAAAUGACGGUAUAUGGUACAUGCAACGUUGGCCAUUGGAACUCAUCAAUUGGCAACAGUUCAACAGUGAUCGCUUAGAUAUUCAAAUGAACGUACCUGCUACAGCGUGCAAUACACAUGAGGAACUGCUUUCAAUACAGAUGCUACCACCAGACGAGCGAUCCACAAAAAAAUGGAACAGUGCUGUUUACGAUGUAGAUGACGGCAAUGGAUAUAGUGAAGAAGAUCCAACUACUUUUUUAUUGAGUUAUUGGGGAAUGCGUUAUUUCAACUUAUUAGAAAAAUGA